GAAUACGUGUCGUCAUUUCUGGCUCUGAAACAGAGGAUAGCGGUUUCUGAUGACGCAAUUGGACUUCAACAACAGCUGGAAGAGCUGCAGAUCAGAUUGGUUACUCUGGAGAAAAAGACGGCAGAUUAUGAAUCUUUGCAAGCAGAACUUGAGGAAAAGAAGGUUGCUCUUAAGACCUUUGGGCAGAUUUCUGAAGAGAUGGAAAAAUUGAAGCAAGAAAAUAUCAAGAUGAUGGCAGAGAACGAGAAGCUUGAAGACCAUCUUAAGGAUGUGAAAGAACUGACAAAAACACAGUCACUUGAGAAUGCUCUACUGAAGAGGGAAAAAGCUGUAGUAGAAAAUGAUCUGCUGGAAACACAGACCUCUUUGAAGAAAUCUCAGGCAAAAGCAGAUCAAGUUGAAAGAUUGAUAGAGGAGAACGCCAAGACAACAAGCAUAAAGGGAAGCCUUGAGAAUAAAGUUAGGCUGCUUGAAGACUCGGUUUGCAAACAGAAUCAUCAAAUAUCUCAUCUGACCAAAGAGAAGAUCUUGCUAGAGAGCAAUAUUGAUGACCUCCAGGUGAGAAUGAUGAAACUGGAAAGAGAAAGGUGCAAAGAUUAUAGGAGUACAUCAACUCAAGCAAGUGCACCGAAGGAGCCUAAAGUAGACAAAGAAAAGUUCCAAAUGCUGCUACAGGAUUUAUGGGCAUGUGUGGAACCUCAGCAGCAGAACCGUGUCAACCUGAUACAUUACCAAACCUCUCCAGAGUCAAGAUCCAAGGAGGUUCUACCAAGCCCCCCACAAAACAGACUGCACUCUCAUCUGAAGAACGCAUCCCAGUCCCCUUCUCAUAAGAUCAGUCAAUCCCACAGUUCCCCUGUGCAAACAAAAGCCAUUUUUACACUGUUAAAAAACUCUCCUCAUAGGCAGAAAGACAUUAAGCAUCAAGCAUCGCUGCAGUCACCAAGUACCAAGAAACCAAAAAACACUCCCAAAAAGAGCAAGUCCAAGGAGCACAAAGCUGAGGAGUCGUCUUCUGACUUUGGAAGCUCAGAAGUAUCUUUGGGGCAGAUACUGGCAUUGUUCAAACCAGUGCUUCCCUGCAUUUCACCUAUACCAGACGAGGUGGAAAAUCAGGAUGCAGAAAUGGAAUCGAUGGAGACAACCGAUGGGGAAAAGGAAAACCAUCCCAAAAUCUCUGACGACUCUGUUCCUUCUCAACAAGAAGAGUCCUUACUCAUCACAACAUCUGGAACAAGCCCCUGUCUAAAACCUUCUGCACUACAGAGAGAGGAAAAGGUAGACUUGCCAGUGGUCACAAGACAGGAAGUGGAACACAUUUCCAAUGAAAAUGACUCCAAAGACUCGGGACAAAAUAUGUUGAGUCGCAUUACUGAAGUGAAGGUCAAAAGCAUCACAAAUGGAAAGGAAUUGCAGAAUGAGCACAAGCCGUCAGCCGUGCAGUUAUCAUCAACAGCUUCUUCUUCUGCUCCUUCUACUUCUUUAUCUUCUUCUGCUUUUUCUACUUCUUUAUCCUCUUCUUCUUCUACUUCUUUAUCCUCUUCUUCUUCUACUUCUUUAUCCUCUUCUUCUUCUACUUCUUUAUCUUCUGCUUCUUUAUCUUCUACGUCACUCUUAGCCGUUUUGGUUGAGGAUGCCUUGUUGGCUACUGAAAGUGAUGAGCAAGCCAACAGUGGUGCCAAUAGUAUCCCUGAAGGUGAAAAUGCUUCAGAAAAUGCAAAGGAAGUUCAGUCAGAUACAGGUGAAAAGAUUGAGGUCGACACAAGCCCUGGUGAUCUUACUGAUGCUAAAGCAGUCCUUCCCGAGGUUAGACAGUCCCCCAGAAGGAAGGAUACAACUGUAAUCUCUGAAGAAACAGUUGAUGUUCAGCCAGUUAAUUCCUCAGUUACCUCCUCAAUAAUCAUUGACUCUGUGAGAGUUGCUGAGGUAACAAAUACAGAAAAGGGUUCCGAACUGGGAAAAAAUCUCCAGGACUCUAGUGAUCUGGGACAGGGCAGUCAAGAUGUCUUGACACCUCAGGAGAAUAGAGGCUGUGUGGGCCAUGACACAGAUGUGCCAGACGAUAAACCCUGUUUGUCAAUCAGCGAUGACGGCCUCAGUAGUGCCACAAGUAAAAAUGUUGAAGGAAAGCUUGAAGAUGAUGCACCCAUUAAACCUCUUGGGGAGGAAAGUGGGAACGAAGCACUAGGAACUGGUGAAAUCACUGUAGCAGCUUCUAUCUCUGAAUCAAAUGGUGAUAAUAGACCUACGCCUCUUCCACUGUUGAAGAUGGAAGAUGACAAAACCCAUGCUGACCAGGAAACUGGUCAGGCAAAUGUUGCAACUACUGCAGAAAAGGGUGUUGACAUAGACACAUUCAACUGUGAAGAACUAGCAGAUCAAGGCUCUCCCCUUUCUAACUUAAAAGAGGCUGGUAACUCUGAAUCUAUGAAGGAUAAUAUACAUUCUAUGUGCAGGCGAUUAAGUCCUUCAUGUCUGAUUCCCACUAUAGAAUUGCAGGCUUUGGACAAAGACCCAAAACCAGAAACCCAGAUAACAACAAACAAAGAAACUGUAGCAUUUCAGGACGGCAAAGACGCAAGUCACCUUCAAGUGAAAACAAAUAUUGUUUGCACUGUUAGAUCUACUCUGUCAUUAAAAAGUGAUACUAGCACAAAUGAAUGCACAAAAGUUACUGAAAAUCAAAGCCCAAUUGUGAUCCGAGAGGAAGAACCUAGCCCAGUGGCAUGUUCCACUACGGCUCAGUCACCAGAAUGCAUAGGCCAAGUUCGCUCUGCGAUGGGCCCUCCGCUUCCUCGUCUCCUAACACCUCUGAAAACACCUCCAAAGGUGGGCAAAUCAAUCAAUCCAAGUCAGGCUAUUGGUAAACUCUCAUUUCCCUCGCCCAUGGAGAGAUCUGUUUCGCCUUCCACUCCUGUCCAGGCGCACUUGACUCAUAACAGUCGGCAGCUGAGAUCCUCUUCACUAAACAGUCCACUCCCUCCGAAUGGAGUCCCCUCCUCUCCACUACAGUUCGGUUCCGACACUCCAAAACAUGCCGUGCCGGUCCCAGGUCGCCUACCCUCUACGGCAAUGAACUCCCCGUCAUCUUCCUCCAGUCCAUCUCAGGAGAACUCCAUGAGGAUCCUUGACACCAUGUACCCGGAGCUCUCUGCCCACGCCCGAACUCUGAGCAUUCUCAGAGGGAAUGUCGGGCUCAGCAUGUGUUCAUCGGAGAGUGGGACGUUACCCACAACAACCAACAGUCAGAUGUCUUGCUUUAAGACGAUUAACUCCACUUCGACGGCCUUCACCAAGACUGAGAUGAGACGAGAAAAAAGACAGGCCGUCAGUUUGCUUCAACCUAAAAGCAGUAAAUGUCUCAGGCUAGAUAACUGCUCUCCUACUUUCAGCCACAAGCAGAUGCGUUCCUCCUCCUCCAACAGUGGAGUGGAGGCCACCUCAGCCCAGACUCUGAGUAGCCAACAAUGCAAACCAAAGACAGCUUUACCGUCCCAGGAAGGUGGAGAACCUGCAAAGCAAAAUCUUAUAGCUCACUUUUUAAAGAAGAUUGAAAACCAGUUUUUCGAUCUACUGCCUGUGAUCCAGAGCCACGUGUAUGUUGGUAACCUGACCAAAAAGCCUGUCUUGAGAGACGAAGAGAAGGAGGUCAUCUCUGAGAUUUGCCAGAACAGCUUGCUUAACACGGGUGACAUGAUUUUGGCCAUCCUGGAAAAGUUGAAAGAGGGGAAAAAAUAUCUGAACAGUAACCACAUACAGGCCCUCUGUAGAGUCCACACAGGGAUCUGUAGACAGACAAGAGAUUGGGAGAAAGCUCACAUCCUGGCACACAGCAUUCUCACAGAAGAUUUCCCAGACUGUGCUAAGAUGAUUUUGUUCAUGGUGACAACAUGGCCCAAAGUACUCUCACACAGUAGUUCUCUGUGCCAGGCUAUACAUACUGUCACCAAACUGAAAGCAGAAGAAAACGUCCUCAGCUGCCUUUCAGCAUUCCUUGGUUGGGAAAAGAGUCCUCCCUGUGAAAUUGAGACGCUGAUAUCCAGAACGCUGUCUGAUAUUCAGUCAGGGUCAGGCAUGUCUUUCACUAAACACAGUCGCUACGGGCAGGACCUGGGGACUGAGGCCUGGCAGCAUGUCUUAACUCUGCAACUCCUCUGUUCACACAAGAAGUGGAAGUGGACCUAUGAUCAUUUAUUGGGCAAGGAGUUGUGGCCACUCAUGAACACCUGGGUGACACAGCCCAGAGAUCAACAAACUCCUAUCUCUGAUGUGACCGUCGCCACUGUCCUCCGACUCAUUGGAUGCCUCGGUCAACUUGGAAUGAAAGAUAGGAAUUCUUCCUCAGUGGUAACAGUAGCCAGCGUCAUGAACGCGUUUGGAAGGCACGGACAGACUGAAGGUGUGCCAUGGGAGGUCCAGUUGGCCGCCAUCUACUGCAUCUAUGACCUGUCUCCCUGCAACCCCAAACAAGCCAUGGAUGCCCUGGCAGGGUGGAGAGGAGAAACGUCUCAGACCGUCCCUCCUGCAGUCACCAGCUGCAUUAACCAGUUAGCUUCUAUCUGCAGACAAGUCAAGAGUUGAGAGACACAAAUGCUAUACAGUUUGCAUGUCAGUUUGUACCCUUUUUUUUAAUGAAAAAUUCCAACUAUGCACCUACAUUUGUAUUUAAACUUGCUGACUGGCAGUCUAUGGUAGAGCUGUUAACCAUUUGGGCACAUAAAUGUUCUGAAAUU